AGGAUUUGGUUCUUAUGAAGCAAAACAAUAUUAAUGCUGUCAGAAACAGCCAUUAUCCCCAACAUCCAAGAUGGUAUGAGUUGUGUAAUUUGUUUGGCAUGUACAUGAUUGAUGAAGCCAAUAUCGAAACACAUGGAUUUUAUUAUUGUGGGCAUCUAAAGCCUCCUACACAAGAACCAAGUUGGGCUUCAUCUAUGUUGGACCGCGUAGUAGCUAUGGUGGAGAGGGACAAAAAUUAUCCAUGCAUUAUUUCUUGGUCCUUAGGAAACGAGGCAGGCUAUGGACCUAAUCAUGCUGCUCUUGCAGGUUGGAUUCGGGGGAAGGAUCCAUCAAGGCUGGUGCACUAUGAGGCUGGUGGAUCCAGGACCCCAUCAACAGAUAUUGUGUGCCCCAUGUAUAUGCGUGUUUGGGACAUAGUGAAGAUUGCGAAAGAUCCAGCUGAAACACGACCUUUGAUAUUAUGCGAGUAUGUUAUACUUUCAGUGUUCACAGUCUAG